AUGGAUUCGGACGACAAAGUUCACGUUGUGGUCUCCAAAGACGGCUCUGAACAGGCGAUUGAAAACGCCGUCUCCGAGAAGCCAGAUGAUGUUCGACGCGAUCGUCAUGGAUUUCCUCUUCUUCCCCAGCCGACUCGUUUUCGCGACGACCCCCUGAACUGGCCAUCAUGGCUGAAAUGGCUCGUGCUCCUCCAGGUUUCAUUCCUCGCCAUGCUGGGGCCGUUCAAUUCAGCUGUCGUCAACCCUGGAUUGGUGCCGCUCGCAAAGCUGUUCCACAUCCCUGUCGGCCAGGCGUCGUACCAGACGACCUCGGUCAUCAUCUCUGUGGGCAUUUCGCCAUUGUUCUGGACACCGCUGGCCAAUGUCUAUGGGAGACGACCGGUCUAUCUCAUCUCGACCCUCAUCGGAAUCGUUGCAACGGUCGGCAGCGGCGUCGCCAAAACAUGGCAUACUUUGAUCAUUGCUCGGGUUUUCAGUGGCGUUGGUGUCGGCGCAGCGAUGGCUCUGGGUGCUGCCACGGUCAACGACUUGUUCUUUCUGCAUGAGAGAGGCUUGAAAAUGGGCAUCUUUACUGUCUUCUUGACCAACGGCGCCCAUGUUGCCCCAGUGAUUGGAGGCUACCUGGUACAGACAGCCGGGGUUCGAUGGGCAUAUUACUUCCCGGCCAUCGUCAACUCUGUGACCUUUGUUGUCAUGGUCUUCGCCAUGCCUGAAACCCUGUUUUCCCGCUCCGAGAAGGUGCUCGCACAGCACGAAGAGAGGACCUACAUGCAGAUGCUCUUCAGCUUCCGCAGAAACGCGCUCCGAGACCGAAGAGUCCACCUGCGAGAUUUCGUGCGACCCUUUGAGAUGAUGUACUAUCCCUCAGUCUUCCUCACGUGUCUCUACUACAUCGUCUCGUUUGCCUUCUCCUCCAUCCUACCAGCAGUGACAGUCGCCAUUCUGUUCACCAAGAUCUACCAUUUCAAGACCGGAGCUAUUGGACUCAUGCUCGGCCUCCCCCUGCUGAUCGGCUCGGCUCUUGGGGAGUUUCUCUCCGGACCCUUUUCGGACUGGUUCAUGUACCGAUAUGCGAAGAAACACGGAGGAGAGAGAAAGCCUGAAGCCCGACUGCCCGCGUCUCUUGGAAGCCUCCUGCUUUGUCCUACGGGGAUCAUCAUCUAUGGUGUCUGCCUGUACCACAAGACCCACUGGAUGGGCCCGGUGAUGGGGAUGGCGAUUGCCAGUUUCGGGCUGCAGCUGGUCACCACAGUCAGCUACGCCUACUGCAGCGACUGCUACAAGCCGCAGUCCGGAGAGAUCAGCAGCUUGUACAACUUUUGGCGACAGACGUUUGCGUUUCCUCUCGGCUUUUACGCUCUCCCGUUCGCAGACGAGAUCACCAUCCAGUGGGCUUGGAUCACGCUUGCUCUUUUGACGGCGGUGACAUCCAUGGGGAUUGUUGUUUUGAUAUUCAAGGGUGAGGAGUGGAGGAAGCGGAUCGGUCAGCCGCAGUUCCACAAGGAUAUUUAA